GGGAAUACCCCUAGAUAACACAUUUUUUUUCCUAUAAAAAAGUACUGGAAGAAAUAAAGUUAUUAGAAGAAAUAAAGCUACUAAAAGACUACAGAAUGUCUCUAUCAUCUCUUAUAAUCCUGCUAGCAUCAUUCCACAUUAGCGCAUCUUGUGUCUCGACCUGCUCAUUGAAUGGAUGGUGCUCACCUAGUACUGGAUAUGAUGCCCACUCUCUUGGGAUAGUGCAAGGAGAUGGAGGGGUUUGCUUGCCUGGUGGAUCAGUUCCAAUAAAUGAUUACAGGUGUUUCAAGCACAGGCGAUGUUCAAAUGCCUGCAAGCUCAAAGUUUGGAACAGCAACCCUUCACUGGUUACUGUCCAUCAGAACAAUAACAGAACUGCAGUCUAUGUACAGUCUCCAAGAUUCUCAAAGAAGAACUACAGAAACAGUGACAUCUGUGUAUACAAUAUAAGCCUUAAUACUUGUACUACGAAUGCUGCAAGAGUUCAUUAUGAUAGCUUUGAUAUUGCAGAGUCUACAGAAUCCUGCACUGACUACGUUCAGCUAGUCUACAAUGGUAAUGCUUCUAUGAAGAAAUGCAGUAGCGAUAUUGAGAGUACUAAUGAACUUAUUCCAGCAACAACCUUCCUAGUUGUCUUCUUUACUGACAGGGCUAAUAAUGAUAAAGGAUUUUCCAUUAGAACUCAAUGUGGCUGACAUUAUUAUUAGCUGCAAUGUACAUGUAAUGUUAUAGCUAUAAAACCUAUGUCAUUCUUUAUCCUUUGUAAAUUUUUUUAAUUGAUUAUUAUUAUUAUUAUGAUAUUUUAA